UGAAAAUUUAAUUGAUUUUUUUACGGGCGCCCUAAUAAAUAACGGCGGUAAUAAAAGGCAAACUUAAAAAAUGACGGGAUUUUAUUAACAUGCACACAUUUCACGCGUGAAAUUAAUUUUAACGAUCAAUUGAUUUACAUUUUAUUCAGUGAGACAAUGCCGGCGAAAACGGUAUUACUAGCAUUCAUCUCACAAUUACUUCUAUCUUCAUCUUCCAAUCGUACGUGCGUGCCAUAUUCACAAUACCUCGAGAAUGGGAAGCUGUGUGUGUGCGACAACAACGGACAGCUUAACGAGACGAACUGCCACGUGAUUGGUCGGCGUCGACACAUGUGUCCGUCCGGACAGAUCAUCUGGCAGGGCUGCAACCAGUGCAUCUGUCAGGAGAGUGGCCAACUCGCGUGCUCCAUGCGCGUCUGCCCGGACGAGACUAACAAGAGAGCCCCCAGUCCCGUGAAACAAACGAUCACGCCAGCUGUCCCCAACACAAGCUGGUGCGUCCCUUACAGAUCUUACUACGUCAACUGCAGCGUUUGCGUCUGCCCCCCUUCCGCACAAAUCUCCGAAGCGAAGUGCGUCAGAGACAAAUUCUGCACAAUAGAAGAGUCAGCAUCUUUGAAGAAACUCGUGUCAGGAAACAACGUCUGUAUACCAAACGUCAUGUACUUAUUCCCCUGUUUGCAAUGCUUAUGCUCCGACGGUGGCAUAUUCUCGUUGGACAAAUGCGUAGCCACCUGCCACAGCAACCAGAAGUCAAAACAGAAAUGCACGCCCAGAAUCUUCUUCAAAAAAGACUGCAAUGUCUGUUGGUGUCCCGACGAAGGCUUUCUUGACGAGAAAUUCUGCACCAACGCAGUCUGUAAUAAUACUUCGAAGUUAAAAAUGCUCAGGGUCGAGAGAAGGAACACGAAUAAAUGUGUACCAAAUAGUUUCACGAAACCGAAAUGUUUUUAUUGCAUUUGUACUUCUGAUGGGAAGAUUAACGAGAAAGCAUGUCUCCAAUUAGACUGCUUGAAAAAGUUUGAAGAGUUGAAAGAUGAAUGCACUCCAGGGGAGAUGGUCUCAGUCUGCAUACAAUGCCUAUGCUUGCGCAACGGACAGACGUACUCGGAAUACUGCUCUAAAUCCUGUACAUCGCAAAGCCGACUCGAAAUUUUUAUCAGAGUUUUAAAUGAAAGUAUCACAAACGACCAACUCUUAGACCGGAACAUUAUUAGAAGUAACAUUGUCAAUAACUUCUGUCAACCCUACUCCGUUUACAAAAAGGAUAACAAAUAUUGUAUUUGUCCCGAAAACGGAUACAUUGACAUGAAAGCUUGCGCAAUAGCCGUUGAGUAUCCUUUUGAUAAUAUUAAUAGUACGCAUAAGUUGGUAACUACAGAGAAGAGUAAAGAACAUGCGUCUGAUUUAAAGAAAUGUGACCCACAUACUUUUGUUCAAAUUGAUUGCAACACGUGUUACUGCUCAAAGAACGGCACGAUAGACCCCCAAUGGUGUACGUACGAUGAUUGCGAAUCUAAAAGAAUAAUAGCAAAAGGUCGAAAAUCUGUUAUCGCUAUGUCGAACUCUGAACUGAGCAACACUUGCACGCCAGGAUCAGUGCUGAAGGAGGGCUGUAAUUUCUGCAUAUGUCCAAACAACGGAAGCUAUUUCGGAAGAACAUGUACAAAAAAUACAUGCGAUGCAACCGGCGGAGUAAACGAGGUGAAAGAUGAGAUAAUAACAUGUGACCCCUUGACGUAUUUUGUCGUGGACUGCAACACUUGCUUGUGCCCGGAAGACGGCAUCAAGAAUGUGGGAAGAUGUUCAAAGAAUAUAUGUGAGAAAUCAUUUUUGAGGUCGAGUGCAUGCGAGCCGGGGCAUUUGUUCAGUGAGGACUGUAACGUGUGCGUGUGUCCUCCGAAUGGUGACAGGAAUGAUAGGGUCUGCACAAACCACACUUGCUCGGAAGCCGAUGCGCCUUGGAAGAGGAUAUUUAAGAUUUCGCAGAACUUGCUUUCGAACCAGCCAAGCGACGGAAUCCGGCAGCUGGACGUGUGUUUCCCCGGCGAGGAGUUUACCAUCGGCUGCAAGCUCUGUAUAUGCCCUGAUAUUGGACUGAAAGCCUACGCCACGUGCACACAUAUGCAAUGCGAAGAAGAACAUUCUCCGAAUCUAACUUCGAGUCAAACCCAACAGAAUCUGAGGCGAGCGAAAGAAGAACACUGCGUGGAACAGACUGUGAACGGGCCUGGAGAGAUGUACUGGAAGUGUACCGCUGGCUCCAUGUACAUCAUGAGGUGUAAGGAGUGCAUCUGCCCGAUGUCUGGAGAUCUGAUGGCAUUCUGUCGUCCUAUGAGAGGCUAUUGCGAGCAGAAAUUCCCUAAUGUCAACUAUCCAGCCUUACUGGGGAGAAGAAACGACGGAGGCAAAGGUAUCGUAGAUGUCACCGGCUCCGACAUCCCGGACCUGGCCACCCCCCUGGACCACAACCACACAGCCCACAAGUGCUACAAACCAGGGAAGAUCAUGGACGAGUGCUUCAUCUGCGAGUGUGACGACGGUGAGAUGGUAGUCAUUGAGGAGCACUGCUACAAGAGUGCCGCGGAUAAAUGCAGGGACGCGCAGCCGGACUUCUUGAAGGAUAUCGAUUGGAAUAAUCAUAAUUAGCACAAUUUAUUUGUUUUAUUUCUUUGCUGAUGCCAAAGA